AGGAAGCGGAAGAGGCUGCUUGAUGACAGAGGUCUGUGUGGAGAAAGACAAAGAGAGGUAGAGAAACUACACAGGAAAGACAGGGAAAUAUGCGGUUUCCACUCCUGUGGCUGAUAAGUCUAUUUUCACUGCUGGAAUACUGCUGUGCAGUUGCUGACCUGAAGGACUGUGAGGCAGUAGGCAGCAAGUGCCACCCUCAGGCUGAGUGUCUGAAGGUCAAAAACAACUUCACCUGUGUAUGCCGCAUGGGCUACCAGGGCGAUGGUCUGCUGUGCGACGACAUCGAUGAAUGUCUCAGUGGCCUGCACGGCUGUCAUCCAAAGGCCAGCUGCAACAACACCCUGGGCAGCUACAGCUGUGUCUGCUUCAAUGGAUAUGUUGGAGAUGGCACCAACUGCCAGGACAUCGACGAGUGCAAAAAAGAAAACGGGGGUUGCCAUGCCAGUGCCCUCUGUACUAACUACGAUGGUGGGCGACAGUGCCAGUGUAAAGUUGGCUUCGUGGGCAACGGCUUCCAGUGCACUGAUGUUAACGAAUGCGCUAACCAAAAGAUCUGCCAUUGGAACGCCACCUGCACCAACAACCCUGGGUCCUACAUGUGUACCUGUAAUGCUGGCUAUAAGGGCAAUGGAAACUACAUAUGUCUUGACAUAGAUGAAUGUUCAGAGAUUCCUCAUCUGUGUUCUUCCUCACUUGGCUAUAAAGGCUGUAAAAAUCUGCCUGGUAGCUACAGCUGCAUAUGCAGCAGUGGCUUUGAAAGUAACAGGCAGAGCUGUGUGGAUAUCGACGAAUGUGCAAGUAACAUCUGCAGUCUAUAUGCAGUUUGUGUAAACACCAUGGGGUCAUAUCGGUGUACCUGCAACAGUGGUUUUGUAGGAAAUGGACUGACAUGUGCAGACAUAAAUGAAUGCAAUGAAGGCCAUCAAUGUGACCCCAGGGCUGCUUGCAUCAACAGGCUGGGGAGUUACGAGUGCUCCUGUCUUGAAGGUUUUGUAGGAGAUGGUCGACUGUGUGAAGACAUUGAUGAGUGUGCAACACCUAACAUCUGCCCUUCUACUACUACCUGCGUCAACACUGGCGGGUCAUAUUACUGCGACUGUGGCAGAGGCUUCAUCCUCAAUAACUUCAAGUGCCAUGACCUGGAUGAGUGUGUGGCAGGUCGCUGCAGUCCCUACGCAAAAUGCACAAAUUCGCCUGGCUCCUUCUCUUGUCAGUGUGAAGCAGGGUACAGAGGAGACGGCUUCACCUGUGUGGAUGUGGAUGAGUGCUCACUGGCUAAGCGGUGCCCCUCCAAUGCCCUUUGCAUUAACCUUCCUGGCUCCUACAACUGCACCUGUCGGGUGGGUUAUUCUGGAGAUGGGAUGAUCCAGUGCAAUGAUGUGAACGAGUGUCAGGUGGAUAAUGGAGGUUGCAGAAACAAAGCUACAUGUGUCAACAACCAGGGUUCCUUCUCUUGCCUGUGCCUGCCAGGCUUCAUUUUGGUUAACCAGACUCUUUGCCAGGAUAUAAAUGAGUGUAAGGAACUGAACAAUCCAUGUGGAGUAAAUGAAAAGUGCAAGAACAUCGACGGGUCAUACGAGUGCCCCUGCCUAGUCGGUUACUACCGCCCUGCCAUUAACAUGGACUGCGUUGAUAUGAAUGAGUGUAAAGACAACCCUUGCCAUGUCAACGCCACAUGCCUCAACACCAUCGGGUCCCACACUUGCACCUGUAAGCGAGGUUUUUCAGCAAAUGGCACCCAGUGUGAAGAUAUAGAUGAGUGUUCUGCAGAGGGUACAUGCCACCCAAGGGCGCUAUGCACCAACUUAAUGGGGGACUUCUUUUGCUCCUGUCAGCAGGGUUUCAUAGGUGAUGGCUUCUCCUGUCAGGAUGUGGAUGAGUGCACACUCUCUGAUACUAUUUGCCCAGCCUUCUCAAAGUGUAUCAACUCCCCUGGUGCUCAUGUCUGCUCAUGUUUGAAUGGUACAGUGGUCUUCAACAACACAUGUGUGCCACCCAGCCUGUUGUGUGACCCUGCCUGCCACAAUCAUGGCCUGUGCCACCAUUCGUCGGCUGGAUACCAGUGUGUGUGUGACCUGGGUUACGUGGGUGACGGGCUGACUUGCUCUGACAUAAAUGAGUGCCAGAGGGAAAACAUUUGUCCUGACAAUGAAACUGAGUGUAUCAAUAUCCCAGGAUCGUUUUCCUGUGUCUGCAAAAAAGGCUACACACUCAAUGGAACACAGUGUUUUGAUGUGAACGAGUGUGAGACAGGGCAGCACGGGUGCAGUGAAUUUGCCCAGUGUGUUAACACAAUAGGCAACCAUUCCUGCUUCUGUCUCAGCGGCUUCACAGGUGACGGGAAGAACUGCUCUGACUUUGAUGAGUGCCAACAGGCUAAUGGGCAGUGUCACUCCUCUGCCACCUGCUUCAACCAUGUAGGAGGUUUCAAAUGCUCUUGCAGUCGGGGCUGGAAUGCUACCAAAGACAAUGGUCGUGGCAAAGGAGGAUGUGUGGACUUGGAUGAGUGUGUGUCUCCCAUGGCAUGUCCUGAGCAAACAUCUUGCACUAACCUGCCAGGGUCUUACAUCUGUUCCUGUCCCAAAAACAACACAGUGUACAGAAUGAUGACUCAGAAUGAGAGCAACCUGUACCCCUUUGGAGCAGAGGUUGGUGAUAAAGGAGUAAAGAUGGACACAGAAGAUGGAAAUUCCCCAUACAUCACACCGCCAAUGGGUUUCCCCUUUAUGGGAAAAUUGUAUGACAGGGUGUAUUUUUCUGACAAUGGCCUCGUCCAGUUUCAAUCUGUCGCUGAGAAUGAGCAGUACCUGCUGCCUGCUCCUUUAGCCAGUGGUUUCCCCGACAACAUGAAUGUAGCUCUGUUGGCGGUGUUUUGGGAUGAUGCUGACCUCACCCAUGGGGACGGACGGCUGCUCUAUAAGGAAUACCAUGCGCUGGAAAUGUCAAGUGUGUAUUCCCAGAUAGUGUUUAAUCGAACAGCAGAUGAAGUGACAAAGUUUGAGGAGCGGAAAAGCAAGCCUGCUUUCACCCCUGCCUGGAUCCUCAAGAUCACCUGGGACCACGUGAUGCCCGUCUCCUACCAGAACAUCAACUUCUCAGAAACUAACACUUUCCAGUGUAUCCUGACCACAGAUGGAGCGCGCUCCUUUGCCCUCCUGCGAUACGGGGAGAUGCGCUGGGGUCCUGGCCAGAGGCAAUACCACAACGCUCUCAUCGGCUACACAGAUGGAAAAUCCUCCCACAAGGAGCCCACUGUCCCCCCAGAAAACCUUUUUGGGCCUGGGGGCAGAUACAGGCCCCAGCAGGUGAAAGGGAUCAUGGGGAAGUUAGGUCAGCUGGUGUAUGAUUUGACAGGACCAGCGGGUUCAGACGUGGAUCCCCGUGUCCGGUGCCAGGCGUGGACGAUGAAGGAGCCUGACCCUGCUGAGUGGACAAAGGGGCUGUCUUCAUGUCCCUGCACCCGCACCCAGGCUCUGGAGGACCUGUCCUUCCUGCAGGACACCACUGAUCCGGGUUCAAGGGUGAAGACGCUGAGGGGUCAACGGUGGGGGGGCGCAGGGGGACACAUCUUUCAGUCCAUCCUGUCCAACAGACAUGGUUCAGGGAAGAGGUGUGUGUAUGAACCAGAUGGUCCCCUGCUGGCUGGGUACAAUGAACGCUACUUCUCCGGACACAGCAUGCAGAAACAUAUCGAUGAAGAUCUCCUGCCAUUCCAGUGGUGUUGUAUCGAGUCUCCUCUGUGCCACCUUUACCUAAACAAGAGACCACUGGACCGUUGUCAAGGUUACAGCUGGGCCAGCCCUGAUGGCCGCACCCCGGCCCAGAAGGCGACACAAGGUGUAGCGAUGGUGUACGGCAGCCUCCAUUUCAUCACCUUCGAUGGGACGGAGUACUCUUUCAAGGCCCUGGGAGAGUUUGUGAUAUUGCGUCUCUCCUCCACCACCGGCUCUAAUAUCUUCACCCUGCAAGGACAGACUGACAAGCUACACACAGACACAAAGAGGAUCAUUGAGGUCCCAGUGGUGGUGCGCAUGGCUGCCUUCCACCAGGGCAUUGGCAAGAUUGAAUGGAGAUGUGCAGAGAAAGGAGACAGGCUGCAGGUUUUUGUGGAUGAUGUUGAGGUCCCAGUCACAGUUGGUGUCGUGCACAUGGGCGAGAAGGACUUCGCUGUGCGCUGUAUGUCACUGAAUCGCUGUGCAGCAGUGUAUGCUGGUGGUCUCCAUGUGGUGGUGUGGCGGGUUGUAGGCCACAAUCAGCUGGCAGCCAUGGUGGAGGUUGCUCAGACCUUCUACAACCGCACCGUGGGUCUCAUGGGUCUCUGGAGCUCCGCCCGCUCCGACGAUUUCCUCAUGUCCGACGGAAGGCUCCUCCCCUCAACGGACCUCAACCCCCCCUCAGAGGAGAGACUGCAUGACUUUGGCUUGUCCUGGGCGGUUCCAGUCCCAGAGAGCCUGUUGUUCUCUCCAACUCCACUGGUUUCACUGAAGCGUGCCUCCUCUGAGCACCUGCUGAAAAGUGUCAGUCCUGCUGAGGUGGAGGAGCUGAGGAGAACCUGUAAAGGCAGCAUGCAGUGCGUCCACGACACCCUAGCAUCCGGCAGCUCUGACCUGGGCCUGUGGACCCUGGACGCCAAGAAGCAAUAUCAAAAUCUGGCUCUGAUCUAUGGUAACAUGCCUCCCAUAGUGACAGAGCCCACAGUGAUCCGCUGUAAGGUCAACUCUACUGUCAACAUUCAGAUUGUUGCUCAGGACCCAAAUGGAGACCCCAUCACCUACUCACUGCUCUACCCCAGGCCUCCACAGGCUUCCAUAGGCAGCGGCGACGGCUUCCUGACAUGGACGCCCGUCAGCACACAGCCCGUCCAGCUGACCGUUAAAGUCAGUGACGAGCUCAGCAGCUCCCUGUUCACCCCCAUCCUGCGCGUCUGCAACUGUUUCAACGGGGGAACCUGCCAGUAUGACAGCAUCACUGAAAAUCACCAGCAGGGAAAGUUCCAGGUGGUGGGGUGCCUGUGCCCAAAGGGAUUCAGUGGAAAGUUCUGUAGGAACACUGCAGAUGUAUGUAAAGGCGAACCUUGUUUCCGCGGGGUGCAGUGCCAGUCAAAGUCAGAGCCCGGCCUGUUCACCUGUGGAGAGUGUCCUGAUAAUACUGUCUCUGGGGGGAAACAGGGAUACAAGUGCUUUGAGUACGACAUGUGCAUCCCUCCUUUCCCCUUCCCCUGCCACAAAGAUGCCAACUGCCGCAGCACGAAACAAAACUACACCUGCACAUGUAAGCCUGGCUUUACAGGAAACGGACAGAACUGUACAGAUAUAGAUGAGUGUGCAGAGCUCUCAACCUGUCCCAAUGCUAAGUUUGAGUGUAAGAACAAGCCCGGCUCCGUCGACUGCGUCUGUAGAUACCAGAAAACCAAGGACCCAGAUGGAUGUGGUGACUUUGCCAAUCCUCCAGCAGGGUAUAAUGUUUUCAAUGUCUCUGUGAGCUGGAGGAAGAACAGAGCUGAUGGAAUCAAACAGCUGGUGGACAUUCUGUCGAUGGGUUUCCAGAACAAAUUCUACAACGCCAGUAAGAAGGAUCCAGGAGAGGGCUCCAGUCCAGAUGUGGCCGAAUAUCGUAUCAACGUAUCCAGUGACACACCUCACUGGUACAUCAGAGACUAUCUGGCCAGAGUCAGCAGCCACUAUGACAUCCGUGCCGUAGAAGUUGAUGAUCUGGAUGAGUGUAAGGCCAAGGAGGCGGUGUGUGUUCAUCCUGCCCUCUGCGCCAACACUUACGGAGGCUACAGGUGUGUUUGCAAUGGCACAACUGAUGUGGAUGAAACCCAGUCCUGUGUAUUAGACAGAGACCAGGUGAAUGAUAUGGAACUAGACCUUGUUCUGCGCCUGGUUCUGGGCAUCGGCAUCCCUCUGCUUUUGCUGCUGCUCCUGGCUGCACUGGCCUGCUUCUGCUGCUGCAAGAAGACUGUUACUGGAGACCUCCCCCACUUGUUGCCAGACUACAUCCAGGAGCAUCAGAACCCUCCACCCUUCAACUACGCUGACCCUGCCCUACACUACAUGACCCACUGCAGUCCACGGAUCAUAGACAACAUCACACCCAGGCAACGCCUCAGAUAGCACUUUCUAAAAGCACAUACACAUACAUGCAUAGGUGCAAAUCACUUACACAGAGACCAAACAGCUCACACAGAAAAGCACAGGCUUACAAACACAAUGCAAGCACUUUUGGAGCUGCUGUACAUGUUUUAUAACGGCAAGAUGAAUGACUCUUAUUUAUAUCGUAACAAACAAGUAAUUAAACCUGAGUGACUUUUAAAGUCAAUUAUUUCCAACCCUCUCUGCUGAGCGAUGGAACUGCCAAGUUUGAGCUGGAAGAUUUUUUGCCUGGACAACACUUUACAGUCAGAGUCUGACCCAGCAGAACUCAACCACCUCUUGGCUGGGGACGGUGAUGAAAAGUAAACCACUGCAGUGGUCUUUGGCUUCCAGCUGAUACUAAGCCAACAGCCUCCUUGAUAGCCACAUUAGCAUUUGCCAGAAAACCUAGCAUCAGACUCCUGCCCUCUGUUCACAUAUUAUAUUAGUACACUAGUAUAUCCAUAUUUGGAAAUUCAGUAUCACUUAUGAUCACCAAAACAUGGUUGAUUUAAUUUAUGUGUUAUCAUUUUGCAAACACUUUAAGUAGUCGUCUCUGUUUUCUGAAAGCAUUUAUCUCACUUUGGAAUUACACUCUAAAUUAUUGUUCAUUGCUGGAUUGUGAGUAAUUCAGUGUUUCAACUGGCAGCUUUCUUUUGUAAAGCUGGACUGUCACUGCAAGUAAAAAAAAAACAAAAAAAAAAACCGAUGUGUAAAUAUAAUGUAAAUCAUUAAAAGUUACGCUUCAGCAACAUUGUGCUGUGGUGAUAUUAUUUCAAGAAAAACUUGGAUGUCGGUGUUGUAACAAACAUGUCACUUUACUAGUGGGGGAACAGAAUGGGAUUGUACCUUAAGAUAUCCUUUAACAAGUUUCGACGCUAUAUUGAUCAAGUGUGCUUGAGCAAGACAGUCAGUCCUUAACAACUCUAGGGGGUUUCUCUGUAACUCAACUUGACAUCUGGCCUCCCAGUGGAGAGGAAAAUGAAUAUCACAUUGUCAUUUUCCUGCAAGCCGAUACAUGUCAAGCUGAAGCUGCUGAUAGUUCAUAUUUGUGUAAGGACUCAAUAUCUGUAAAAGUGAUUAUGCCAAAAUAAUCAUGCCGUUUUCAAAUGUUAUUCUUGGCAUGGUGGAAAAGCCUCUCACAUUCUGAAAUAAAGGACCCCACUACUUCUA